AUGUGGGGGGUGCCCCAUGGACCCGAGGCUGCCCCACGGAUCUAUGGGGCGCCCCACAGACCCCCUGUCCCCCCCCAGGAGCCGGGGUUCCCCCCCGUGGGCCCCGUGCAGGACCCCCGCCCCCGACGCAUCUGGGCCAAGCACCGCGACCUCUCCCUGCCCGUCCCCAAGUUCAAGCUGGACGAGUUCUACGUGGGUCAGAUCCCCCUGAAGGAGGUGACGUUCGCCCGGCUGAACGACAACGUGCGGGAGCCCUUCCUGCGGGAGAUGUGCGCCAAGUUCGGGGAGGUGGAGGAGGUGGAGAUCCCCCUGCACCCCAAGACCCGCAAGCACCUGGGCCUGGCCCGCGUCCUCUUCGCCACCACCCGCGGCGCCAAGGACACCGUCAAGCACCUGCACCACACCUCCGUCAUGGGCAACAUCAUCCACGCACAGCUCGACAUCAAAGGUCACCACAAAAACACCCCAAAAUUGAAAUUAAAUACAUGGGGAGGCGCUUCGGGGGACCCCCAGGUUCUUAAA